CCUCAUACCACCGUCAUUUCUUCCCAUCUACUCAUCACAACAUCAAUUCGGCCGGAUUCUCCUGAUACAAAAUUGCGCAAAAACUACAGCAAUAGAAAAAAUGCAGCGUCUCACACUACGCGCCGCCGUCUCAUCUCCGACGAUGCUUGUGCGCCUUGGAGUGACGGCACGCCAAUUCAGCAUCACGGCUGUACACCAAGCAGGUUCGGGAAAGGCGGUGCCGGCGACGGAGCACAAGCCCAACCCCACAGAAUCAGAGGAGGACGUCAGCGCAGACCGGUCUCGCAUUGAACCGCUGCGUAAACCACGGCCGACCGAGAGCGAAGAGGAUGUUCGUGCGGAUCGAAGCACAGAGGAUCCAAUCCACAACGAGAGCAAAGGCAAUCCUACGGCCGGAAAGCCUUGAAGGGAGUUCGGCGGGGGGUUGACGAGUGUGGUGUCCUGAUGGGCAUCGAUAAGGGCGGGCAAGUCAGAGUCUACACUCGAGGUGGUUAACUGAUUAAGAGGGUCGUAAUAAUGCAAUGUCGGAUCCGCAAGCUCAUGUUCCAUACUUUGUGGACAAAUGUGUUGUAAGGUGGUGAAGUGAGCAGGCGACGAGAAGAAACAUUGGUCAUUAAUGUGUCUAUACCUACCUACCUAUGGAGCGAAAUGCCCGGGAUGGACUCGCUUGAGGAGCCAGUGGCAUGUGCAUGCGAGGUAGAAAGUACAAUUUGAUGUCUUCCAUGAGUACCAC